UACUGGGCCUGCUUAGUACUACACCCGUCAGGCCCGUCACCCACCACCGCCGACCGCGAGCAUGGCUAUCGCCGCCGCUCGCCGGCGCCUGUGGCGCGGGAUGGGGACUGCGGCCGCCGCGGCGGCAACGGGGACGGACGGAACUCUUCUCGUUCGCCUGGUCUCGGAGCCGGAGUGCCGCGUGAAGGCCACCAUGGAGGAGGUUGCUGCUUCCGCCACGCAGCACCGUGACGGCGGCUUCUGGGAGCCCCUCGCCGCCGCGCUCCUCCGCGCGUCCUCUCCGACCAAGGCGCACCUCGUAUUGGAAUGGAAGCUAGAGAAGCUACUGAAGGAAGAGAUUCAUGAUUGUGAGCCCUACUCAACGAUAAUCCGAUUCUGUGCUCAAACAAGGAAUGCAGCACUUGCAAUGAGAGUCUUUGAAUGCGUGGAGGCGCAGGGAAUUCGUCUGAACACUGGGAUUUUCAAUGCCCUUGUUAACACUUUCUUGUCCGUUGGAGAUCUCCUGUCUGCAAUGACUUCAUAUGAGACCAUGGAAGGCAUUGAAGGUUGCAAGCCUGAUUCCACUACAUAUGAUGCAUUCAUAUCUGCAUUUUCAGUGCUCGGAAGUGGCCAUGCGAUGAUUACCUGGUAUAUAGCUGCAAAGAAUGCUGGGUUUACUCCAAGUAUUCAAGUUUUUGAAUCAUUGAUCACUGGGUUCGUUCGGUUGAACAUGCUAGAUGAUGCCAAAAUGGCGUUUGAGGAUAUGAUUUCCUUGGGGGUUAAGCCAAGCUCUGCUAUUUUGGAGGCCAAUCUUGAGGUGCUUUCUAGAAAAAAGGAGGUCAGCACAGUAAGAGACUUUUUAAAACGUGUGAGUGAUGGCAAUUGGGAGUUGAACAAAGCUACAGUUGAGAGGUUAAUGAGAAUGUGCCUAGAUAAAGGUGACAUCGAUGAAAUGGAGCAGCUGUUUGCCCUAAUACAAAAGGGAACACAUCUGAGUUCUGCAGCACAACUGCACCAAGGAAUUAUCAGGUUCUAUGCUAAGGCAGAUCGGUUGGCAGAUUUGGAGGAUGCGAUUUGUCGGGUGUUGGACAAUGGUGCGAUGUUUAUGUGCCCUGAGGAUGUUGAGGUCAUAAUCUGUUCUUAUUUUCGUCACAAGGAAUUUGAUAGGUUGGAUUUGUUCUUAAAUCACAUUCGAAGUUUCUUGAAGCUGAACAGGUCUACAUAUGAUAUAUUGGUUGCUGGAUAUCGAAAGUUUGAUUUACAUGAAAGACUUGAUUCAACCAUAAAUGAUAUGAGGCAAGCUGGGUUUGUAUGAGCUCACGGAAAGCUAUGUGUACAUUUUGACUUUCUGCAACAAUAUUUUCAGAGGCCUUAAGUGUGUCAAGCCAGGAAAAUGAAAUCCCGGGUUAAAUGUUUUUUUCAUGCAGUCCAACUCAAAGUUCUUUGACCAGAUCCGCGUUUGACAUGGUGAAGAUCUCGGAUUCAGAUGAAUUAUCUUGUCAGACUAUUGAUGUUGGAUGUGGACGCAUGAGAAGCAUGAAGUUACUUGGAUGUUACGCUUAGUAUUGCACAAGACAUAAGACUCCACUGAUCUUAGAGGCUGCUGAGGUUUCAGAAGUUGUUAUUUUAGAAAGAUCAAUGAGACGAUAGUUGUAUGUGAUGUCUAACCGCACAGGUAUUAGCCUUUUUUGUUUUUGUUUUGUUUUGUAUGAACCUUUUUUCUCCUCCUAUAAUGAAAUGGUACCCAGUUCUAUAUAA